AUGAAUCUACAGGCUCCUUUGGUAAAUGGAACCGCAGAAGAGCAGCUCAAGGCGGCGAAGGAGUUGUCGGCUGCUUUCGAGUCGACUGGCUUCGCAGUGAUUACCGGACACGGUGUGCCCAAGCAUGUCGUGGAUGCAGUGCGCUCAAGCGCGUACGAAUUCUUCCGACAGCCAACCGAACAGAAGAUGCAGUUUGACAAGGGCAAGGGAUAUGGCUUCGGCGGAUAUGUGGCCAAUCAGGAGAACGGAGCUCAGCUUCUGGGCGAUUUCUCCAGGCCCAAUGAUGCCGUGGAAUCCUUGACCGCCGGCUUAGCGGGCCUCGCAGGCGGAGUCGAGGCGGUUCAGAUGGCCAAAGUCCGAAAGGAAGACGCGGAGUCCAGCGGCGUCUGCCAUGCCAAGGAUCUCAGCGGUUGCGAGAUGGAGGAGGGAACCCCAGAUAUCGUUGCAAGGCCAGCUACUGAGUUCCUCCGUGCUGCGGAGAAGGUGGCAAAGUUGGCUACUAAAGCCAUCCAGCUCUCUCUGGGUGCAACUGAGGAGGCCGCCAAGCAUUCUUGA